AUGGAGCACAAGGGGCCAAUUGUGCUUCAUGCGUGCAGGCUGGCCUUGUGUGCAACCAGCAACGGCCGUGUGAGAGAUGCGUGGAGGCGGGCACAGGGGCGACGUGCAGCCUGCGGCGCAAGCGUGGCCGGCCACGCAAGCUCAAGCCCGACCCCAACGCCCCCAAGCCCACGCCGCCACCACCCAAACCACGUACGCCGCACCCCCCCCCCGAUCUUGAACUCCGACUUUUCUAAGUACUAUCUCGCCCGCCUUGCCUCGCGCCACACCCAGUACUGCCUCUAUGCGUGGCGCGACCACCCGCACCGCCAGCUUCUUCGAUGA